UCCUCUAUUAGAGAGCCUCUCUGGCCUCGCUCUGCUGCCCUCCAUCCAUCCUGCGGCGGAGCUGCCGGAGUCCAGGCCAGGCUCGGUUCUGAGCGCGGUGUUGAUGGCAGUCAGGCCGGAGCGAUAAUAAGGAGCCGGCAUGGGGGAAGAGGAGGGAAUAGACUAUAAUGUAGUCUUCCCGGAGCCGCGGCUCUCAGAGAAAUACUGGCGUGGGUCAAAGGAGCCAGUGGUGAUUCUUUUAGGCUGGGCCGGCUGUAGAGACAAACAUCUCACAAAGUACAGCUCAAUUUAUAAUUCACAGGGGUGUGUGACCGUACGCUACACAGCACCGCUCAAGACCGUCUUCAUCUCGGAAUCAUUUGGCUACAAGGACCUCAGAAGCAUUGCUCACAAACUCCUUGAGAUACUGUUUGACUAUGAGGUGGAGAACAACCCUAUCUUCUUCCAUGUGUUUAGCAAUGGAGGCUUCAUGCUCUACCGCUACAUGGUGGAGCUCCUGCAAAGCCACAAGCAGUUCAGCUCUCUCUGUGUAGUGGGCACAGUUGUGGACAGUGCACCAGGCAGCCAAAACGUGAGAGGGGCCCUCCGCGCCCUCAAGACCACGCUGGGCCCAAAUGUCAACGUGGUGCUGCGGUGCUUCCUCCUGGUGCUGUUCGCUGUGAUGGUGGUUCUGCUCAGGGUAGUCCUGUACCCUCUGACCAAAUACUUCCAUAAGAACCACUACGAUGCCAUGAUGGAGAGUCCGGCGCCCUGGCCUCAAAUGUACCUGUACUCCAGGGCGGACCGGGUGAUCAGGUACAGAGACGUGGAGCGGAUGGUUCGAGUGCUGCAGGAGAAAGGGCUGUCCGCGGAGAGCUUCGACUUCAUCACCCCGGCCCAUGUCAGCCUGUUCAGAGACUGUCCUGAGGACUACUCCAGCAGGUGCCACACCUUUCUGACCAGCUGCAUGACCAGGCGUGAGGAGACACAAUCAACAAAGCGCUUCCAAGUGCAACACUGACAGCAUUGCCCUUUCACCCAAACCUUAAAUUUAAUUGCUGUAAAGUCAGGCGUACAAACCACUGUAUUUGUAUAAAUACUACUGAUCAAAACAUUUAAUAAGCUGAUGACCUUAUAUAAGUUUAUAUAAGGGAAAGCUGAAUGCUAAUUGUGUUCUCUGUGUGUGUCUGGUACUGUGAAUUUAAAACUAAUUUAAUUUAAGCGUACUAUAUUUACACUUCUAUAGACUGUAUUUGACUUAUGUGCCUUUCAGAACUAAAUAAAUAGUCGUUUUGUUUGGUUAA